UUCAGCAUCUCACUUUCGUUAGAUUAAAACACGGUCGACCACACGAGCAACACCGCCUACCCUCUCCCCUACGACAUUUAGAAUUCUACAUAACCUCAACCAACAAUGAAGUCAACAAUCUUCACCACCCUGGCCGCCAGCCUCGUCCUCGCCCUGACGCUCGGCGCAGCCUCGUCGGAGGCAAGCCUCGAGGCUGGCGCGCCUGCGCGGCGUCAUCACGUCAAGGCUGCUCGGGCGCUGGAGAAGCGGUCGUUCAAGGGAAAGGCCACCUUCUACCACGUCGCCACGGGCAACGCCGGCGCCUGCGGCCAGAUGCUCAGCCCCGACGAGCACGUCGUUGCGCUCAACCAGCCCCAGUUCGGUGACCUGAACCAGCAGUCGAGCUGGUGCGGUAAGACGAUUACCAUUUCCAACGGCAUCAAGCAGACGACGGCCCGCGUCAUGGACGCCUGCCCCACCUCGUACGGCCCCGACGGCCAGUGCUCGCACGGCGGUCUGGACAUGAGCACUAGUCUGUUCCAGUUCUUCAACCCGCUCGGCGUUGGUGUCUUCCCCAUCACCUGGUGGGAAGGUGGCUCCGACGACGGCGACCAGAAGAACAGCGAUGAUUCUGGCGAUGAUGAUGCCGCUGCCGCCGCCGCUGCCAAGAAGAAGAAGCAGCAGCAACAACAACAGCAGGAGAAGGAGGAGGAGGCGAAGAAGGAGAAGGCUUCUUCGGCUUCAUCUGCCUCGCGCGCGUCGAGCAUCAGCGCCCACAAGGCCAGCGUCAGCGCUGCCAAGGCCUCUUCGAUCUCGUCUGAGAAGCACGCCUCCAAGGUUUCCUCUGCCAAGGCCGCAAAGGCCAGCAAGGCUGCCGAGAAGAAGAAGGAGGAGAAGGAGAAGGAGGCCAAGGCGAAGGCAGCCAAGAUCAAGGCAGUCAACCAGGAGGCCCAGGCCCACAACAUCGAGGCAUUUGCCAACAUCAUGGACCGUCUCGACAAGAUGGUCAACGCCGCCCUCGUCGGCCAGUAAAUCCUUUCAGCAACUCACCAAUCGUCCCACCUACAGACCAUUCACGCCAUGCUCGUCCUGCUCCGGAAGCUCGACCAUCAUUGGACCUCAGUCAUCGUCGGAUCUCAACCUUUUCACCUCUUUUUUUUCUUCUUCAGCACCAGUAACGGUCUUAACCCUAUCUCCUUUUUCCCCCUCCUUCUCGGCUAUACCUUUUUUCCUCUUGUUGUCAUCACCACUACCACACGUUCUUGUCAUCUUCAAGCUGGUCUUCUUCCUGUCAUCUUUUUUCCCCCU